GCCCCGGCUCCUCGCCCGGAGGACAGCUGGCAGCCCCGCGCAGGACCAGACACAAAGCCGAUCAAUCCCGGCGGCGCGGGGGUGGGGGACGACCCAGCGGGGCUUCCCUUGCACUCCUCCCCUCCUCCAGCCCCCUCAGUAGGACCCAGCCGACACCUCGUCCGGCUUCCACCGCCCGCCCCCUGUAACCGCCCUCCCCCGACCCCCCCCUCCAAAAAGGCCCAGACCCCCGCCCCCCCCCCCCCCCAUCCCAGGGCUAGGGGAGACCUGCCUUAGGCGGCCAGCGGAGCAAGCGCCCCAAGCCGGGAGAAACUGACGUCGCCGCAGGGUCGGUCAGUCCCCUCCCACCUCCUCCCCUUCCAGGGCUCCACGAGUCUCUCCUCCCCCCAACCCCAGAAGUUCGGGGGGGCCCUCUCGGCCUCCCGCGCUCCGGCCGCCGGAACCUCAGCCUCCGCGGAGCAGCCACCUCGGCCGGGGAAGAUGGCGAGAAGGAGCGGCCCCCGCCUGCUGCUGCUGCUGCUGCGCUACCUCGUAGCCGCCCUGGGCUAUCAUAGAGCCUAUGGAUUUUCUACCCCAAAAGAUCAUCAAGUAAUCACAGCAAUAGAGUAUCAAGAGGCUGUUCUAACCUGUCAGUACCUAAAGAAGACCAUGGAUUCCAGGCUAGAGUGGAAGAAACUGGGGGAGAGUGUCUCCUUUGUCUACUAUGAACAGGCUCUUAAAGGUGAUUUUAAAGAUCGAGCUCAGAUGCUGGAUUUCAACAUCAGGAUCAAAAAUGUCACAAGAAAUGAUGCUGGGAAAUACCGCUGUGAAGUUAGUACCCCCUCUGAGCAAGGCCCAAGGCUGGAAGAGGAUACCGUCACUCUGGAAGUGUUAGUGGCGCCAGGAGUUCCGUCCUGUGAAAUUCCCAACUCUGCUCUGAGCGGAACCGUGGUGGAGCUGCGAUGUCAAGACAGAGAGGCGAAUCCGGCCCCUGAGUACACGUGGUUUAAGGAUGGCAUCCGUUUGUUAGGGAGUCCAGAGCUUGACGCCCAAAGCACCAACAGCUCGUACACAGUGAAUACAAAAUCUGGAACUCUGCAAUUCAAUACUGUUUCAAAACUGGACAGCGGCGAAUAUUCCUGCGAAGCCCGUAAUUCCGUCGGAUCUCGCAGGUGCCCUGGGAAGCGAAUGCAAGUAGAUGAUCUCAACAUAAGUGGCAUCAUAGCAGCUGUAGUAAUUGUGGCCUUGGUGAUUUCUGUUUGUGGCCUUGGCGUGUGCUACGCUCAGAGGAAAGGCUACUUUUCAAAAGAAACCUCCUUCCAGAAGAGCAGUUCUGCAGCCAAAGCCACCACAAUGAGUGAAAAUGAUUUCAAGCACUCAAAAUCCUUUAUAAUUUAAAAGAAUUCCCCUUUGAGAAACACCAGUACCACAGUUGUUACACAAGUUAUUUAAAGAUUAUAAAACUCUGCUUUGUCUUACAUUUGCAAAGAGGUACAUAAGGAGAUGAAGUUGGUAUUUCAUUAAAAGUUUUGUAAACACUAAAUCACUUGAAAUUGUUAUUUUAAACAAAUAGUUCGGGGCUUCCGGUCAAGAUGGCGGAGUGAGUAAAUGCUGUACUUGCCUCCUCCCACGACCACAGCAAAACUACAACUAAAGUAAAGAACCACCACCACUGAAAACCACCUGAAGUCUAGCUGAAGAGAAGUCCUGUAAGUAAGGAUAUGCAGAAACCACUGCAGACUGGAGGAGGGGCAGAGAUGCAGGACGGGCUGGUCCCACACCCAUAUGUGGCAGUUAAAAAUCAGGAGGGGUGUCUCAUCUACAGAGGUCCCCGCUGAGGAGCAAGGGGCACAGCCCCACACCAGGCAUCGAGCCCAAGGUUCCAGUGCCGGGAAGAGAAGCCCCCAUAACUCCUGGCUGUGAAAACCAGCAGGGAUUGUGGCUCAGUGCAACAAAGAGCUUCUAGAGUCCCAGGCAUUCCUCGUAAAAGCCCACACAUGGACUUCCUAGGACUCAUUCACUCUGAGCUCCAGUGAGUGCUGGGUCAGCAGCACUGAAGGACGUACGGAAACUGAGUAGUCUGGCAUCAGGGCAAAAGCUGGAGGGGCAGCUUUCUCCCAGACAAAGGCGUGGGCAGCGCCAUUGUUCCUUUGCUUAGCCCGCCCCACCACAGAGCUGGCAGGUGUAUCUGAGUCUCCGCUCACCUUGCCCUGGUGAGUCUGAGACCAGGCCACCCGACUUCCGGGCCUGACCAAGCCGCUUCCAGUGGCUUUUCCAUACAAAUAGCCUGUCUUGGCUCAUGGUGCAAACUUUCCUAAAAUCUCUCAAAGGUUCAUAAACUCCAGACAUGUUGGUCUUGGCAUGCCCUGUGCCUCUUGCUAAGCAACCCCAAGCCCAACACUAGUGACAGCCAGCCUCAGCAUGCAGCUUAGCCUCUCCCAGGCAUCUCCAAGCCCAGCAAAGUGGCAGUCAUCUACAGAUCAUCUUGUGGCUCACACCAAGUGGCCCUGAACCAGCACACCCAGUGGCCAGCUUCCAACCACGCCAGACCACCACCCAACCACCUUCACAAACGAGGCAGUGAAUGGACAGACUUGGCAGACACCAGAUCCCUGCCAAAGCAGAUCUGCUGCAUACAAUCAGCCUGUGCACAACAGCUGCUCCACUGUAGUCAUGGUCGGUCAGUCCUCACAGCCAAUCAGUCCCUCCCAUUGACAUGCCAACAGCAAUCCCUCAACUACAAUAGGAGAGCACAUAAAUUCCACACAAGGAACAUACCUGGAGCACCCAGCUCAGGUGACUAGGGAGAUUGCACCACUGGUCCCUACAGGAGACCUAUUACCUAAGGCCACUCUAUCAAGACUGGGAGACAUUGCAGCUCUGCCUAAUACGUAGAAACAAACACAUGGAGGCUGCCAAAAU